AUGUAUGACGAUAAAAUUGCCAUCACUGCCAAUGACGAUGAUGCCGGUGGUGGCGGUGUUUGUUACUGUGGUGAUGUUGGUGACGGUGGUGAUGCUGGUGACGGUGGUGAUGUUGGUGACGGUGGUGAUGUUGGUGACGGUGAUGUUGGUGACGGUGGUGGUGUUGGUGACGGUGGUGGUGUUGGUGACGGUGAUGUUGUUGACGGUGGUGAUGUUGGUGACGGUGGUGAUGUUGGUGACGGUGGUGAUGUUGGUGACGGUGGUGGUGUUGGUGACGGUGGUAGUGUUGGUGACGGUGGUGAUGUUGGUGACGGUGAUGUUGUUGUUGGUGACGGUGGUGGUGUUGGUGACGGUGGUAGUGUUGGUGACGGUGGUGAUGUUGGUGACGGUUGUAGUGUUGGUGACGGUGGUGAUGCUGGUGACGGUGGUGAUGUUGGUGACGGUGGUGAUGUUGGUGACGGUGGUGGUGUUGGUGACGGUGGUGGUGGUGACGGUGGUGACGGUGGUGAUGUUGGUGACGGUGAUGUUGGUGACGGUGGUGAUGUUGGUGACGGUGGUGACGGUGGUGAUGUUGGUGACGGUGGUGAUGUUGUUGAUAUUGACGGUGGUUGUGGAUGUAACGGUGUUGGUGUUGGUGAUGGUAAUGGUGUUGGUGUUGGUGACUUUGGUGUUGAUAACGGCGGUGGUCGACGUAGUGGUGGUGACCAUGGUGAUGUUGGUGACGGUGGUGAUGUUGGUGACGGUGGUGAUGUUGGUGAUGUUGGUGACGGUGGUAAUGUUGGUGACGGUGGUAGUGCUGGUGACGGUGGUGAUGUUGGUGACGGUGGUGAUGUUGGUGACGGUGGUAGUGUUGGUGACGGUGGUGAUGUUGGUGACGGUGGUAGUGUUGGUGACGGUGGUGAUGCUGGUGACGGUGGUAGUGUUGGUGACGGUGGUGAUGCUGGUGACGGUGGUGAUGUUGGUGACGGUGGUGAUGUUGGUGACGGUGGUAGUGUUGGUGACAGUGGUAGUGUUGGUGACGGUGGUAGUGUUGGUGACAGUGGUAGUGUUGGUGACGGUGGUGAUGUUGGUGACGGUGGUGAUGUUGGUGAUGCUGGUGACGGUGGUGAUGUUGGUGAUGUUGGUGACGGUGGCUAUGUUGGUGGUGAUGGAAGUGUCGGUGACCGUGGUAAUGUUGGUGACGGUGGUGAUGUUGUUGAUAUUGACGGUGGUUGUGGAUGUAAUGGUGUUGGUGUUGGUGACUUUGGUGUUGAUAACGGCGGUGGUCGACGUAGUGGUGGUGACCAUGGUGAUGACUGUGGUGGUGAUAAUUGUGGUGGCGGUGAUGUAUUGAUAACGGUGCUGGUGACAGGCAUAGUGUGA